AUGGCUUCCAACGCGACCAACGGCACCACCGACGCCAACGCUGCCGCGAGCAGAUUCGACCCCAACUUCACGCAACAUGUUAUUGACCUCAUGGCUCCCGAGACCAAGCCCAGACAUCGACAGAUCCUUACUUCGCUGAUUAGGCACAUGCACGACUUCUGCCGCGAGGUUGAGCUCACGCAAUCCGAAUGGGUUCUCGGUGUCAACUACAUCAACGCUCUUGGUCAGGCCUAUGAGAAGAACCGCAAUGAGACAUGGAGGGUAAUGGAUAUUCUGGGCAUCGAAUCUCUCGUCGACGAAAUCAACCACAGCCUCGUUCUCGAAGAUGGCCGCGCUCCUACCUCCUCCACCAUUCUCGGACCUUUCUGGUCCCCCGAAACUCCCUUCCGCGAACUCGGUGGCAGCGUAGUCCAGAACAUGCCCAAGGACGGCGAACUCACCUUCUUCCAUGGUGUUAUCAAGGACGUUGACACCGGCAAGGGCAUUCCCGGUGCCGUCUUCGACAUGUGGCAGGCCAGCACCAACGGCAAGUACGACGUCUUCGACCCUGAGAACCAGACCCGCCACAACCUUCGUGGCAAGUUCCGCACCGACGAGAACGGCAAGUUCUGGUUCUACUGCCUCAAGCCCACCGAGUACGCCAUUGACACCUCCGGACCCUCUGCUGAGCUCCUCAAGAUCAUGGGCCGCCACCCUUACCGCCCCGCUCACAUCCACAUGAUGGUCACCCACCCCGACUACAUCGGUGUCACCGCCCAGCUGUACCCCAAGGAUGACCCUUACCUUGCCACUGAUACCGUGUGUGCCGUCAAGGAUGAUCUGCUUCUGGACUUCAAGCCUGUUCAGAAUGAGCCCAACGGCGCUGUCCUUGAUGUGGAGUACAACGUCCGUAUGGCGCCAAAGAAGUACAAGCCCGACUCUACCAUGUUGAUGGAGAAUGCGAACCAAAACAAGUUCUAG